CGCGCCGGGGCCGCUCAGCGUGCUGGCGUCAUAGGCCCGCGUGCCCCUGGCGCGAGGCGGAGCGGCGCUUGCGCAGUGCCGGUCAAGCGGCUGGCGUCGCCCGCGCCCCCUCCUCCUCCUCCUCCUCCCCCCCCCCACACCCCCCCGCCGUGCCCGCGCUCCCCUCCGGCCCCAUGCGGCGCUGAGGCGGCGGCGGCGGCGGCAGCGGGGCGGCCCCGGGGCGGCCCGGCCCGCCGAGCGCCAUGGAGGGCAUGGACGUGGAUCUAGACGCGGAGCUGAUGCAGAAGUUCAGCUGCUUGGGCACUACCGACAAGGACGUGCUGAUCGGCGAGUUCCAGCGGCUCCUCGGCUUCCAGCUCAGCCCCGCCGGCUGCGCCUUCUUCCUCGACAUGACCAACUGGAAUCUACAAGCCGCCAUUGGAGCCUACUAUGAUUUUGAGAGUCCAAAUAUCAAUGUACCCUCCAUGUCCUUUGUUGAAGAUGUAACCAUAGGGGAAGGAGAGUCCAUCCCUCCUGAUACCCAGUUUACGAAAACAUGGAGGAUACAAAACACAGGGACAGAGGCAUGGCCCCCAGGGGUUUGCCUGAAGUAUGUUGGGGGAGACCAGUUUGGCCACGUGAACAUGGUGAUGGUCAGGUCCCUGGAGCCGCAGGAGAUUGCAGACGUCAGUGUUCAGAUGUGCAGCCCCAGCACAGCAGGAAUGUAUCAGGGACAGUGGCGGAUGUGCACUGCCACGGGACUCUAUUACGGAGAUGUCAUCUGGGUGAUCCUCAGCGUGGAAGUUGGAGGACUUCUGGGUGUAACACAGCAGCUGUCAUCCUUUGAAACGGAGUUCAACACGCAACCGCAUCGCAAGGUAGAAGGAAACUUUAACCCAUUCGCCUCUCCACAGAAGAACAGGCAACCAGAUGAAAACAACCUAAAAGACCCUGGGGGUUCCGAGCUAGGCACAAUCAGCAAAAACACAUGGGGGCCUCCUCCUGACCAAAUCGAACAAGAUCAGAAUGGACUGUCACAAAACUCUGUAAAUCUCUCCCCCAGCAGUCACUCGAACAACUUGUCGGUAGUGACAUACAGUAAGGGUUUCCACGGUCCUUAUCCCUUCGGACAGUCUUAAACCACAAACACACAAAACGGGUAUCGACAAGAGGAGAAUUUAACAAAGAACUGACUUCUGGGGGGAGGGAGGGGAAUUCAUGUGGCAGACAGACACAACGUGGACACCCCCCUUCUCCUCCUCCAUGUUCUGGAUAAAGAAGAAAAAACAAAAGCUCAGUAACUUAAGACUAGUUGUUUCCAGAGGAAAAUACAAAGUCGAAGUAUGCAUGUGUGAAUGCUGAGUUUCAGGAGUGUUGUUAAAUGCUAUCAGAAAGAAAAUAUACCAACACCAUGGUUUGUUUGGGUUUUUUAGCAAUCGUUCUCACACGUAAUUAGGUAGCUUAAAAAAGUUUAAAAAAAUGAAUAUGAAAAAGCCAUCUUAAAAAAAAAUAUUUUGCCUACAGAGCGGUUGUAGUUGGAGCAAAUGUUUAAUUUCUGUUUGUUUCUUGUUCUUUUUUAAGUAAGGGACAGCGUGCAUUUUUAUGGAACUGUCAUGUUUUACUUGCUACUGAAUGGAAUUUGCUUAGCAUCUUCUGGGGUUUGUGCAGUGACUUCUUUUUGUCAGACAUUUUUUAAUGACAGGUUGGGCCUGCGCCCAGCUCUGCGUUUUUAAUAUCAUCUGCUGGUUUUAGUUAGCAAUCUUUUUGAUUAUUUUUCUUUUUAAUUUCUUUUUAUUUCCUUUUGGUUUGGUUGUGGCUGUUAGUUAAGUUGUCCUGCAUGUUGUUGGAAACCAUGCUGAAGACCAGGUCUUGGUAUCAAAGUUAGAGGGAGAGACUCUGGGACUUCUAGCAUAACAUGGAGAGCUCGUUUCCCUUCCCCUUGUACAUGAAGUACACACAAAUACCACCCGUAUUAAUAAGAAACAGAUUUGUUGAAGUUCCAGAGCUGUCAUAUGUGGUUAGCAUUUUAAAAUACCUUUUUGUUAGCUCUUGAUGUGCAGUAGCUGUGCCUAGAGCAACCAAGCAAGCGUUAUCAGUCUUGUGCCAAGAGGAAAGUCUCUCUCUGUAGCUGUAAUUCACUUGGUGGUAGCUGCAAAGCUUUACAAAAGUCAUGUCCUUUUAAUUUUGAACAUCCCAUCUCUCUUUUAUAGAGUAUAAGUUUGCAUUCAUUUCUCCUGUGAUAAAAUAUUAGCUUAGAGGCUAACUGUUUGUGGUUUUGAAUGCAGAGCAAGAGUUAGCAUCAUCAGCUGGAUUCCACUCUGUCGCCUUGUAUUCAUUUGCCUUUAGCGUCCCGGCUUGUAGCAUCAUUGAGGUUCUUACCUUCAAAAUGAGAUCUCCAGGGCUUGGUAUUAGAGAAGGAAUCGCUCCUCUGAAGGUUCAGGUUGCUCUGCUGUUCCUCCGAUGUAUUUUCCUCCAGUUGUGGAUUGGGAAAUCCAGCAUGAGGGCAGGAAAAAUGGCCUCGAGUGCUGUGGUGGAUUGAUUUCUAGCGUGCUGUGUCACCACAGGUCCUGCUGAAGAGGAGCGAGCUCAGGGGACAGAGUCUUACUCAGAAAUGUGAACAAGGCUGCAACAGCCACCUGCCAAAAAUAACAGUAAUAUGCAAAGCUCUCACUACCUUCUUCCAGAUCUUUCCAGUGAAGACUCUUGUUCCUCUUGGAGUAGAGCAUGGCCUUGCUGCAUGGUGCAUGUCUUUACACCAAUUGUCCUUCACUAAUUGUGUUUCCUUAGUUGGCUUUGAAUGGGGCAUUCAUUUUCAUCACAGCUAGCAAGGACUCUCUUGUGUAUGCCAAUGGAUCUUGUGGAGGACAAAGGAAGUUCCUUAUAUCCAACGGAGGAAGAAUUUGAUGAUAGAUCUUGUUUGUAUUUCAGAGGUUCAGUUGUUAUGGGUCACUGUUACCUGAAAUCUCCCACCAAUAAUCUGCUUGAAGGGAGAAACAAGUACAACAUAAGAAACUACCUGCAUUACAGAGGCACUGCAGGAUUUGGACUGCUGGCCAUUGGCACUUGCAGGCCGGGGAGCCCUGGGUCUGUCUCAGCAGCUUCCUAGAGCUUCGUGGUUGUUAAGAUCCAGAGUGAACCUGUGGAAGGUGGUGCUGCGCUGCUCACUGCAGCUGUAGUGUUUGGUUCUUGUCCUGUAACAUCAUUUUGCCUUUGUUUAUGUCCUCUUUAACAUUCAGUUUAGGGAAUUAUUUGCAUCACUAUAGCAUAGAGCGGGCAAGUGGAUUCUUUCUGCGCUCCCUUCCUUUCCAAGCAGGUGGCUUGUGCAACAAGCUCUGAAGGCACCAACAGUGACCUGGCCAUCACACCUCCUCCAGUGCUGCCACUUCCCUUCUGGAGGUGUCUAAACCACUGGAGACUGCUGUUUGUCCAAGUGACAAGGCAAUUCCUUAUCUUUAAUAGCUCCUUUUAUCAGGAGUGUAGUGGAAGCCAGGAGGGUGGUGUGUGCAUUAAGAUCUGUCGUAGCUGGUGUGCAACCUUUGCCUUGUGUCAGCUGAGGCAUGUGGGAGACCCUUGAACUCUUGCUACUCCCACGCUGGCUUUCUUCUGCUCCCAGCCAUGUGUGCUUCUCCCGUAGGUCGUGGCUGCCACAUUCAUGUUCCUGUGCUCCUCCUAAGGCUGAAUUUUCCUUUUCUUGCAAAACCCCUUGCAUGUACCCCAAGUAGCGUGUGCUUUCCCACUCAGAAGGCAUACUCGUUCUGCACAGACUUCAGUUCUCUCUCUUGAGUGUUUCCAGUCUGUGGUGUCCCUGUGACAAGGGUCACUUACUCAAAGGUGUAAAAGGCAGGGCCAGAUCCGAGUUGCUACUGAAAUCUGCAACCUUUUGCUGCUCACAUCACUGCUCUUCCCCAGGUAGCCAAGUGUGAGCCGCUCUUGUCUGCAGGGAUGAUCUCUGCAAUCAGUCACACACAGCCUGGCUGCUUUGAGGGUUCAGGUUGUGGCCGUGACAGUGGAAGAACGUUUAAAUUAGUGGUUGCUCUACCUCUGGGUUUUUCCUCGCGUAAAAACUGAGGCCAAAGGUGGUUUUAUCUCUUGUGGUUCUUUGGAGCUUAGUGGUGCAGCAAGCACCAAAAUUGCUCUCAGGUUUCCAGCUUUUUAAUAGGUGGGGUUUGAGAUGAAUUCAGCAAAGCUCUUUCCAGGUGACUUCAGGGCACGGUGAUUGUGUUGGUUUCUGUAUGGCUGAUACAUUCAAACUGGUGGAGUCUGAACAUCAGAUACAUGAAACAAAUGGCCUGCUUUUCCAAAAGUGCUGAAUGCCAAAUGUUCUGGUGAGCCUGAGGCGUGUGGCUCAGAUAACUCUGAUCCACGUGAGUUACACAUAUACAGCUCAGGUGUGUUAGAAAUGGGAAAGAGUCCUUGCUGGGUUGAGAGUGGUGAACUGGUGAAGAGGCUGUUGCGCCAGUGAGGCUGGUACCCACUGCUACAGGAGGAUGCAGUGACAGAGGCUGCAACUGGCUCCAGUCUCCGAUUAACACCCAUCUGUCUUGAAGUCCUAAGAAAGAAGGAGAGAUGUUCCUUAACUGCCCCAGCCCUUCCAAAGGAAAAAGGUAACACAGAACAUCUCUGAUAGUCUCUAAAAUGGAUCCCGGUGUCAAGCAGGAGCCACUUAGGCUGUGGAACCAUGUUGCUGGUACAACCUUACAACACCACCCCAGGCACAGUGUCUCAGCCUAGGCAAACUGGAGCACAGUAUCCCUAGGUCCAGCCCAUAACUGGUGAUGCCAUGUGAGGGGAUGGGGGAGCUGGAAUGUGCUGCCCACAUCUCAGGAGUGUUGGAUUCGGAGCUCUCUGGGGUUUGGAGGGUGAACUGGGCGGUCAGAGAGCACGUGGCACCAGAGGUGCACGCUGUCCCGUGUCUCCGUUUCUGUUGUGUGUUUCGAUUUCUUUUCGUGUGUGAGUGUGUGGGGGUUCUGCAGCCUGGCUGUUCUCUCCGGGCAGAGUGCAUGUGUAGAACAGGAUGGUGUGUUGCCUCAUUGAGUCUGGGAGAAGCCCUAUGAUAGCACAUUGGGGGGGAAAAAUAAAGGAAGCUUUUUCCUUAAUGUAUAAAUGAAUAUUUGUAUGAUUAAAUUAACACAG